AUUCUCCCAAUUCGUAUCUUCACCAGAAUUAGUUCGUUGUAAGGAGUUGCAAUUUUAGAAUUUAACUUCUACCGCGAUGUUCAAGAAAAUAAUGGAGACAAUAUUAGUAAUCUCCAUCCUUAUGGUGUCCCUAGUGACUGCAGGAUACCUACCGCCCAUCGAAGAUAGAGAUUUGCCGGUAGUGGGAAGUUUCUGCUCCACAAACGGGAUUACCAUUCAAGGUGAUUUUUGCGCGUCGUGCAAGCAGCCUGUCUACUGUGACACCUCGGCCAGCCCUGCCGUUACUUUCCCCUGGAACGAAUGCGACGACGAUUACGUGUGCGAAGAGUUUUCUCCUGGGCUAGCGACGUGCGUGCCACUUAGUUCUGCCACCACAUGCAAAUGUACAGGUGCCAUGUGCGAUCCGUACUCACCAAUCUAUGCUGACGGUUGCGACGCUGGAUUUCUAGACAACAUCGUUGACUGUGCCGCGGAGGAAGGGACACAAUCAUGUGCCUACGGUCUGUGCAUCGAUUGUACGAAGGCUUCGGGGGAAUGGUACAUUGUAACUCCAGCCUGCAACGCNAAUUCAUAG